AUGAGUGUCCGAGUCGUCGCCCGCGUUCGACCUCUUCUCAAGACCGAAAUCGAAAGGGACCAGAUCGUGACCAGCCACAACGGCCCCGAUGGAAAGCCGACAAUUGUCAAGAUACCCAACCCCAAGAACUUUGCCGAAGAAUACAGCUUCCAGUUCAACAGCGUCUACGAGCAACAUGCCACGCAGCAAGAGAUAUUCGAUGCCGAAGUCGCACCCACGGUCAAACAUCUCUUCCUCGGAUACGAUGUCACCAUCUUCGCCUAUGGCUCCACGGGGACGGGAAAGACCCAUACAAUGCGUGGUGGAAAGUCACUUGCUGACCGAGGAAUGAUCCCGAGAUUGCUCAGCAGCAUCUACAGAAAGAGUCGGGCGAUAGAAAAGAGCAGUAAUGGAGAAACAACUGUCGAAGUGUCCAUGAGCUACUAUGAGAUUUACAACGACCGUGUCUUUGAUCUUUUCGAGGCGCCUGAGAAGCGAACCGCUACUGGACUUCCCAUCAGAGAAGCUGAAGGAGGAAAGACCGUUGUCGUUGGCUUGACCGAGAUGCCCUGCGCCUCUUUGAAGGACUUCGAGAUGUUAUAUGACAAGGCCAAUGCUAAUCGAAGCACCGGCGCCACGAAGCUUAACGCUCAUUCAUCACGAUCGCAUGCCAUUCUGUGCGUCAAAGUGACCAUCAGCACUCCGACGGAGACAAGAGUUAGCACCGCUUCGGCAAUCGAUCUGGCGGGCUCCGAAGACAAUAGAAGAACGGGUAAUGGGAAGGACAGAAUGGUCGAGUCUGCGAGCAUCAACAAGUCAUUAUUUGUUCUGGCUCAGUGCGUGGAGGCCAUCAGCAAGAAACAGCAGCGUAUCCCAUAUCGCGAGUCGAAGAUGACGAGAAUCCUUUCGCUAGGCCAAAACAAUGGCUUCACAGUCAUGAUCCUCAAUCUUGCGCCUGUCAAGGCCUACCAUCUCGACACACUCAGCUCCCUGAAUUUUGCAAACCGGACCAAGAAGAUCGAGGUCCGGGAGGUGGAGAAUGAGCCCAUCUUCAAAGGUCCUCCGCGACAGGUGCCUGGUGCACCAGUGGGCGGCCCGACAAUGCAGCGACAACCACUUCGGCCUCUGACCAAUGUAGUCAAUGUGAACCUCACGGCCAAUCGGGACGCAAACACGAAAAAUGAGAAACCGCCAAAGGCCUUUGCUGUCUACUCGGACAAAAACAAAGCGUCCAUUAAUGCGAAAGUCAUCCCACAGAAGUCGUCUCCGCUGAAACGCACAGCUGAUGCAUCAUUCCUGGCAUCUACUCGCCCUCCUAAGAUCUCGCGUCCCACACCCAGCUUCAUCCGGCGCGCCCCAGAAUGUCAACCUCUGGGCAUGGACAAAUCCUCCAUCGAAACCCUAGUUGAGAAGAAGGUCACCGAGAUUCUUGCGGCCCGGGCUCUCAAUGGACCCGAUCCAGCUCCACAAAAGGCCAUAUCUGAAGAAGUCCAGCGGCGGCUAGACAGUAUUGAGAAGAGGCUGGAAGGGCAGGAUGGCGAAAGGGCAGAAGGGCUAAGUUACCUGUUUAUGGCCAAGCAGCAUCAAGCCCGCGGGGAAUAUGGGAGCGCGCUGAAGAUGUAUGAGCUGGCCAGGCCAUACUUCCCGGACAACGAGAAGUUGAAAGGCAAGAUUGAGCGGCUGAGGGAGAAACUCGCCGCGAAGAAGGAGCCAAGCGAUACAGCGGCAGAAUCAGAGGAGAGGUCGACUCUGCCAAGCGAAUUUGCCAGCACGAAGAUUUCCCAUGGCAAUGACGAGGGUGAUGAAAGCUACCAGGACGAAGAUAACGAGGGAUCAGCGUACCACGACAGUGACGAAGACGAAGCCUCUUAUCGGCAGCGCCCGAAGAAACAGGCCAAGCAACAGAAACGCAGAGCAAGAGCAUCAUCACCGGAUCCCCUCGCACAACAGGUCCCAUCAGGUGCCUUGACGCCUCGAACACAAUACCUACUAAAAGUCAUCAACACUCGGGAUAUCGCGAAGAUCAAGACAUUAAACGGGCUUGGCGCAAAGCGUGCAGAGGGAAUUGUGGAAUACCUCAAUGAGCAAGAGAGUGACGGAGUUGGGGAGGUCUUUGUCAGAAACUGGGCUGACCUGGCCAAGUUGAAGGGGAUUGGAAAGAGGACGCUAGAGACGAUGAGGGAAGGCGUCCAGGUGGCUCUGUGA